AAGAGGAGGAGGAAAGGUGGGACACGGAAAGAUUGGAGAUACUACAAGAGGGAAGAAGAAGAGAAAAAGAUGCUGCUUUCUGUCCUUAAAAGCUCCCUGGGCCAGCAUCAUGAUUCCACCCACUUUCGUCAGCUGUUAUGUCCAGACCCCUCCUGUGAGGUGUGUAAUGAUGCAACUGCUGAGAUGGAUCAGCUGCUCUUCUCAGAGACACUGCAAGGUGCUACUCCCUCGGCGUCCCCUUUGGCUUCUGCAGCUCCUGUGACUGAGUCAUUGUUCACUCUGUCCCCUGCUUUCUCAGCAGUCCCUCCAGGAAAGCUAAUACCACCUCUUCUGUCUGAGCCUUUCCCACCACCCCUUUCCAAUCUCUCCCCUAACCCAGUGACCCUCUUAGGUGAUUUUCCAUCACCAACACCAUCAGUUAACUCUCUGACAUCAGAGCCUUUACCUCCAUUAGAAUCUAAAUUCACAGUGGAUGAUUCCCCAUUCCAAACCCUUUCCUUUCCCUCCACAUGACACUCAUAGAGUUCGGAAACUUUUCUGACCCUGAAUACCAUCUUUAUUGAUAUCUCCAUUACCCAAGGUAUCAACCCCUUCCCAGAUUUGGACCCGACUUUGAAUCUCACUGCAUCAGUGACUUAUCACAGACCACCAACCAUGUCUGCUUCACCAGCACCACACACCAGUUUAACUGUGACUCAAGCUAAAUCCAUUCACAUCUCAUCCAAGCCUGCUCUGGAGAACCCUUCUCCACACAGCACUGGGGCAUUGGCCACUUAUGUCCCUAAAGGCACUGACCAUCCAAAACUGUCAAUUUCAUACUUUUUCUGUCAGAAAGCUUGUGUCAGAGACCCAUUGCUGUCCACCUUGGCACAAGGUUAUUCCAAUCAAGUUCAGAAUGUGGGGUAUGAAUCUGAGAAAGACCUAAACACUGACAUAAUGAGUCUGUCAGGAGCAAAUUCAAUGAUAUCAGGGCAGAAUGUAAGGCAGGGACAACCAGAAAAUGCCUCAAGAGCACACUUGAGCAAGAAGUCUGAGGAAACCAGUGAGGGUCAGCUCCCUGCGACUGUGCAUAGUCCAUGGCAUGCUAUCCAUUGGGCACUUUCUGGGCAAUACAACAAAAUAAAACAGAGACGUUUGGCACACUCAGCGGGUGAGGAAAGCUGCCUGAACACCUCCCACGAGCUCUCCUUCCUUGACUACAGUGAACAGCAGAAGCUGGAAGCCCACAUUACCAAGUUUCAUUUGAGGAGGAUGUGGGCCCUGCUAGCCAAAGUCCUAGAAUCCAUAAAGAUCUUUAAAUUGAGGGAUACUUCUUCCCAUUCCCUGUCUGAUUCCAAGACUUCCUCCUCAACCAAUCUGAUUUCUGAGAGGGAUUCCAAAUCUACGGGCUUCCAGCCUGUUAGAGGAAUCUCUAAAACCCUGAAUCAUCCUCACCCUGCCACCUCACUUAUGGGCAAGGAAGGACAGGGGACCCUCAGUCAAUCACUCCUUAAUAUUGCCCAUGGGCUGGCAGAAGAGGUUCAGAGAAUUCAGGUUGCCCCACAGACUCUUCUGCGUGUUACAAACAGCAUCAUUGGAAAAGAAAGUGAGAGACACACUCCAAGAGCCAACAUUUGUCCCCCAAAGCUGCCCAUACAGCAAGCUGGGGCCAGACAUGAGCCGAAGGAUCAAAGAGUGAAUUCCAGUCAGAGCAAAAAGAUGAAGAAAUCAGAACCUGUCUCCAUGCCCAACGUGUCCAGGGCUGAGGAGAUUGAUGCUCUUCAACCCCAAAUGAGUGGCAUCUUGACAACCAGCAAGCUGGGAACCUCCCAAAGGGUAAAUGUGAGUGAGAGUAAAGGAGUAACCCCUGGGACAACUAAAAGCCUCCCAGCGAAAACAUCAGUUCUCCAAGAUCCUAAAUCAGAAGACCCUCAGAAGCAACUACUUUCUGAGAUAAAGUGGAAGCUGGAGAACAGGAAGCAGAGCCAGGCCCAAGGCCAACACACUCACGUGUCCCAUGUCUCAGACAGCUUGACUUACAAAGCCUCCCUGACUCAUGCUCAGGGUGUCUCCAGUGUGGACAGGGCAGCUCCCCAGGUGCUGCAUGUCCAUUUGGGGAACACAGGAGUCAGUAUGGAGCAGCCACAGGAGCUGUGGGUCCCUAAGAAGAUCUCAAGGUUGUGCCAGGAUAAGAAUUUCCCACCUGCUACAAAGGUGAGGCCCACAGGCUCCACAUCAGAAGAGCUUGGUGGAGGGAAUGCUGGGUUGGGCACAUCCCAACCUGGAAGGAAGAGAUUUCCAACUCAGGACCUGCCAUUAAAGGAGAGGCUCGGGAGCAAGUCUCCCCAGAGCCCAAGACAGAAGGCACAGUCUCCUCCUGAAAGUCUGUUCAGAAAUCAAAUGAAUCGCUUUUUUCAAUGGCUUCAUCUUGAGAUAAGCCCCACCUGCAGGCCUGCAGCUGCCCGGGGGCCUCCUGCUCUCACCACUGCUGGAGGUGUCGUAGAGAUCAAUGUCUACUAUUUAGACAGAGACAACCUCUACAGAAUUUCCAGGGAAAGAGUAUUUCCCACCCCCAAAUAA